AUGGGUUGGACAGAAAGUCCUCCAUGGUUCUGUGCUUUCACGGAAAACGUUGCCAACCUGACAAAUGUUGACUUGCAACACAACAAGCGAGUGCCACUGCAUCCUUUGGGAAGGGCAGCAGCCGUCACUGACUUUGAAGUGAGGGACACACAAGUCGUGAGACCUAUACCAAAAUCUCACCAGCCACUGAAAAAGAUGGAAGUAUUUGUGGACGAUUUUGUUGGAAUGGGCCAAGACCAUCCAAGCAAUCCUUUGACAAAUCAACAAGCUGUCCUCAGCCACAACAUUGACAAGGUCUUCCAACCAAAUCGACCCAUGGACAAUCAGUGGCGAAAAGAGCCACAGUCACAAUCAAAAAUGGCUAAUUGA